AUGUUUCCCUUUGUUCGUCAAGGUCUUUCUUCUGCCAGUUUCCAACCUUCUUGCUGCUGCCGACAAAGGUUUGUAAAGAUGCCUAGGAAACCAAGGUACAACAUUAUACGGGAACCCCCGAAAGAUGCUGGAACUAAUGCCGGUACUCAAGAGGCAAUGGUUUCACAUUGUGUUAAGGUUGGGUCUACGACUAGAGGAGCUCAGACAUCACGGGAGCAACCACGUGAUAGGGCUCCUUCGAUUUCAUCCACAGCUAACAGAGCUCCGAUAACCCAUGACCCUCAAACUCCAACGGACAACAUAGAGACUCGGCAUCGCGUUGAAGUGGCUGAUCGGGAAUUGGAGGAUGAGGAUUAUGACCCAAAGGCGGAUGAAGUUCCGUCGUUUGAUGACCACAUCGACGACUUGUUUGCUGCCCAAGAGGUCGAAGGUCAGCAUAACAAUAAGAAAGCCAAAGAUACACAUUUCUGGCAAGUUAUUGUUAUCGAGGAUGGCGUGAGAAAAGUUUCUAAGCUGAGCGUGAAGGAGGCUAUAGCCCUCCCUUCCAAUACAAAGAUAGAACUGCCAUUUAACAGUCAGCUACAACCGAUUGGUCAGGCGGCAGGAUUAUUGAGUGGUUUCAUAGAGAGUUUGGGUGCGGAUUAUUCCCAGUUCUCCAUACACUUAGACAGUUGGAAGCUGGUAAGCAAAGCAAAGAGGGAACAUGCGUAUGACAUGCUUAAGCGGGUCUUUCACUAUGAGAAUGAUGCCGGAGGAAAAAUAAAGUGCAAUAUGUUGAAGAGGAUAGGAAAGAACUGGAAGGAUACAAAGAACCACUUGUUUCAUAUGUGUUACAAACAAAUUCGAACUUAUGAGAAAAAUCUCAAGCAUCACCCUGCAGGAAUAGACAAAAAUGAUUGGAAAAAGUUCGUUGACUAUCGCCUGAAUGAAGAAACACAGAAAAAGUGUAAACAGAACGCUUUAAAUCGAAGCAAGCAACUUUACACACAUACUGGGGGCUCCAAAAUAUUGGCAAGAGAAAAAGACGAAGUGGAGAGAGAGCAAGGAAGGCCCGUUGGUAGAGGAGAGUUGUUUAUCAUGACUCAUAAGAAAAAAAUGGCUCGUAUAUCCAUCCCGAUGCGCGUGUUGUUAGUGAAGCAAUUGCGAAUGUUGAGAGGUAGGAUGGAUCCUCUAAACACCUUUCACAAAAUGACUCGCUAUCACAAGUUCUCGGAAAGGAGCACCCAGGACGAGUUCGUGCUCUAG